AGCUACCCCAGAUGAUUUCACUUCCAUGGCGACGAAUCCAAACUGCAGACCAUCGGCGCUCUUUUCAAACUCCUUUACCGCGAGAACAUGUUAAAACAAGAGCUGACGAUUAUCAAACUUUAACUUUCAUGCCAUAAGUAGUAUAUUGCAACGUAUUGAACCAAACAUACAUUUAUGUCGGGGAUGUAGAAACAAGAUAACGUUGGUUAAGCUAGCUGUCAGGAAAGAGGUGUCGCUACCCGCUAAUGUAACCAGCACAGCCAUGAACAACAACGCAGAGAGGAAGUUUCUCAAUUUGAGGAAGCGUCUCGAUCAGCUGGGCUACAGACACCCACUGGGAAUAGAGUCACUGCCACUAGUGGAGAAACUAUUCAGUGACCUGGUCCACACAACUGAAAGUCUGCGCAAUGCCAAACUGUCAGCAGGGAAAACUGAAAAAGAAACUCGAAACUUUGAUGCUCUUCUGGAGCCAUACAGGGCAGAGAAUGCCCGGGCAGUCAGGGAGAACAAUGAGCUGCACCUUGAACUUCUCAAACUGAAAGAGGAGAAGGACCGUGUCAGUAGAGAGCUCAAGACCCACAUCCGAAAACUGGACCAUCAGACAUCGGACCUGAAGUUUUUAAAUAAUCAGUAUGUGCACAAAGUUCGCUGUUUGGAGAAGGAUAGCAAGGCUAAAGCUGAGCGCAUCCAACAGCUGCAGGAGAAAAACAUGCAGGCUGUGGUGCAGACGCCAGGUGGAAAGAAGCGCAGCAUUCCUUUCAGACGUCAGAGAAUGCAGAUUGAUGAUCUCAUACCUUCCUCCUCUACAUCCGCUUAUCCUGUGUCGCAGCCUAAUGAUCCGUAUAUCGCUGACCUCCUUCUUUUGGCCGAUGGAAGAAUAAAUGAGUUACAAGACGACAUCAUUAAAGUCAAACUGGACCUGGAAAACGCUCAGGAAUUUAUAAAACACUUAAAUAUACAGGUGGAAGAGAGGGAUAAAGAGAUUGAGCGUUUGAACCGUGCUCUUCACGGAGGAAGACCUAAUGAUGUUGUUUCCCUCGAGGCCCAGAACAUCAGCAACGAGAAACUGAUUGCACAUCUGAACCUUCAGAUUGAAUACCUACAGGAGACCAACAGGACAUUAGAGGAAAAGGUGACGGGUCUGCAGCAGAAGAAGAAGGACGCCUCCAGCGAAGUGGCCAAUCUGUCUAUAAAGAAUCUGGAACUGUGUGAAGAGCUGACGCACAUUGACGACCUGGCAAAGCGCCUGGAGAUGGACAAAGAGCAAGUGUUGGAAACUGCUGACAUGGAACUGCAAGAAACUAAAAAGCAUAUUCAAAGGCAACAGAAAAUCAUUGAGGAAUUGGAGGAUAUAAUUACUAAAACAAGAAGGGAGCAGUCUGAAGGGGACUUUGAAAAAGAUCGUCUCAGAGACCAGCUGGUGGAGCUCAAAGAGCAGAAUGAGAAAAUGGAGGGACUGGUGAAUUUCCUAGAGGAGGAGAAAAUCAGGCUGCAGGAGAAAAUGGAGAAAAUGAUGGCAGCCGACAAAGACCUGGUGCUAGAGUUGGAGACCAUGCGGGCUAAACAUGGUGUUUGUGGAAGGGAACGCUCGCCAUCACGGCUGGAUGCAUUUGUCAAAAGUCUAGAGGAGGAGCGGGAUUACUACCGUCAGGAGGCUGAGCGCUACAAAAGAGCUAGAGGGGUCGGAGGCCCAGAUUUAAGCCCCAGCCGUAGCCCAAGUCGGGGCAGGAGUCCUAUGUACAAAGCAACAAGGGGAGGUGUUGCCGAGACAGAGCUUGUGCGUUUAGUAAAGGAACGAGACGAGCUGAAGGCUGCUCUGCUGGAAUUUGAGAAGCACAUGGAGGACAUCCAGAGCAAUGUGAAAGGCCUGAGCUCUGAACGAGACCAUUUCAAAACGCUAUUCAAACAAGCUCAAGAGGACUUAAAGCUGGUUCACAGCAAAGAUAUGUCAGCUGAUCUCUUAAAACUGAAGGAGCAGAUCCAACGGGCAGAAAUCAGAAUCCAGCAGUUGACCUCUGAAAGAGACACCCUGAUGGAGAGAUUACAGGUUAGCCAGACUUCAGCUCUCACUGGCCAACAUGAAGAGGAGAGGAGGAUUCUUGACCUGGAGAAUGCUGUUCAGAGUUUGGAGCGGGAGAGACUGGAACUGCUCUCCCAGGUGAGUCUGCUGAAGGAGAACAGGGAGGCUGCUGAGGAGGAGCUGGAGGUCCGAUCUGCUGCUCUGGUCCAGAAUGUAGAGGAGGUUUCCCAUCAGAGGGCGGAGGCUAACGCUCUCAGGCUGCUGCAGGAGCAGAUGGAGCAUUCUCUGUCUGAAACACAACACAGGCUGUCUGUGAAGAUGAACGAGCUGCACGCUGCCCAUGAGCAGAUUGAGAAACUGGAGGAAACAAUAGGGGAGAUGAGUCAGCGUGGCUCCAAGCACACAGAGGAAGUAGCUGCCCUUCAGAAGUCCAUCUCUGCUCUGGAUAGAGAGAAAGAUGCUCUGCAAGAUGAGGUGGAUCAAAAGACUGAAAAACUGGUUGUUCUCCAGGAGGAGUGUUCUAAAAAGGAACAGACCCUUGAAGAUAUAAGACUCACAGUCACAAACAUGGACAUCUCUCUAGCUCAGCUGCAGGGGGCGUUAAACAGUCGAGAGAGGGAGAUAACCAGCCUGAGGAGGCAGCUGGAUGCCUGUCAGGAGGAGCUGGACGGACUGAGGAGAAACAAAGAAAUCACGAUCAGAGAGAACAGGAGGCUGCAGGAGGACCUGGCCACAAUGACCAGGGAGAACCAAGCUGUACAUGUGGAGAUGGAGGAGGCUCUGCAUGAGAAAGAUGAGCUGAAGAUGAGAAUCCACUCUUACAUCUCUGAGGUGUCCAGAAUAGAAAAGAUGAUUGCUGCAAAGGAGCAGGAGAACAGGGACCUGCUGGAUCGUUUCAGGAUGGCCCACUCUGACAUGGAGGAGCGGGAGCAGAAGUUGCAGCAUGCUGAAGGACUCAACAACUCCAUCCGCCUGGAGCUGCUCUCCUCAGACACAGAGCGAAGACACCUCCGCGAAACUGUCGGCCACCAGGGGAGAGAAAUCCAACAGCACACGCAGGCCCUGCAGGCUUACGACGCCCAAGUGUCGUCGCUGGCAAGAGGGAUGUCCCGACUGGAGGAGGAGCUACACUCAGCACAGGAGGAGAAGGCUGCACUCCUCUCUGAUCUGGCAUCCGUCAGGGAGCUGUGUGUCAAACUGGACUCUAGCAAGGAGCUCACUGCCCGCCAGCUCACCUCCAGGAGCAUGGACCUGGAGAGGGUCACAGGAGAACUGGAGGAUGUAAAGUCGGAGGCAGAGCUCCUGAAGAAACAGCUGGCCAGUGAGAGGCUGACUGUCCGUAACCUUGAGACUCUUCUCUCCAGCAAUCGGCAGAAGGAGUUCCAAACCCACCUGACAGCCAGUGAGAGGGAGUCAGAUAUAAAGGUCCUACGCGACAGGCUGACUCUGGCUGACAGCAAAACAGCGGAGCAUGCCAGGGAGGUGGGGCAGCUCCGCGGCAAAGUCUCUCAGCUGCAGACGGAGAUGGACAUUCUGAAAAGACAGUUGACCUCUGAGCGCUUCGAACGAGAACGGGCCGUUCAGGAGAUGCGCCGACAGGGUUUGUCGUUCUCGUCCCUCGACGUCUCCUCCAGCUCUCACCACACCUCGCCAGAGCGCUCCAUCCUACGAAGUCUAAGCCGCUCCACUGACAAAUCAGCAGAGAAAAGUGUGAGCUUCAGCUAGACAGCUAGAGAGACAGACAAAUGAAGGAUUUGAUGAGUGAGUUAGAAACCACUAGAAGAUGUGAAUGAAUUGUGAAGGUCUUUGUAAGUAGCGGCUUUAAUGAGCCUGUAACAUACCUUAGUGCAACGUUAUGUACCGGUCCAGCCUGAAGAUGAAAUCAUUCCUGAAGUGUUCAAUUUAACUUAAACUCGUGACAGUGCUAACAUUCAAACAGUAUGUUGUGUUUUUCUAUCAAAAUAUCCAACCACUCAUUGACUCCUCGUACAUUACUGGGUACAGAGGGUUCUCUGUCAGUACGUUACAGUCAUUGAUGAACAUUAGGGUGUAGCUUCAAAACUGUUCUUCUGAAAUCUGUUUUGUUGUCAACAACUCUAGCUUCACACAUGUAGCAAAAUAAGUAUUUGUUCAACCCUGUGGUUAUGUGUACUAUGCUUUAUAUUCAUGUUUUUAAAUUAUUAAGUUAUUCCUAAAAUAAAGAAAUACAAAAUCACAGCAAUGUGCAGUUAUCACAAAACGUCAGUUUCUGUUUAAUAAUGGGGUAAACAGUUCAAAGCUUUGGUAAAGAUGGGGGACAGAUUGUGGAGGAGUGGUCGACAUAGAAUGAAAACACACAAAGACUCAGUGAGCAAAUUGUUUGUGUUUUAGCCUGCUAAACCACCAAAGGCCCACAGAAGCUGUUAACCCUUUAGCUUCUCCGAUAGUGUAGAAGACAAGCAAAAUACAAAGUUUGGCCUGACAACCUUACGUACAGCUGCAUCAUUAUAUACUGUAACGGUUUGUUUACUGUAACAGUGCAUGACAGGAACAUGUUGACAAAGACGUUCAUGUAUUUUUUUCUUUGUCUUCAGCUAAUCUCAAGAUUUAGUGGUUCUGAAGUUAAGACUCCAUCUUUUACCAAUAAUCUGCAUUUUGCGAUGAUAUUAGAACAUCUCAAGUAAAAAUGUGUAAC